AUGACGUUUUACCAAAUUUUCACGAUCACAACAAAUUACCUAGUCCAUCAAGAGAGAGUCAGAAUGCGACAGGAGAACAGCGAUUCUUCAGCGCAUCGCGAACAGCAACAGCUACCUUCAAAAGACUCAGUACCAAUCCCAAGAUAUGGAAGGAUGAUUAACAUCGGAUUCCGACGGGUCCAGUUACGAAUGCUCGCUUCACCUGGACCUAUUUCAGCGACAAAAUGGUGCGAACGAUCAAAUCCAAUUUGCCUGCUCAACGGCUGUACGAUGUGCAGCUCUUGGACAGUAGACCGCAUAAGCUCCUCAGUAUCGCACUGGUCGACCGGAGUGAAAUAUUCCGCUGGCACACCAGACUUUGAAUACUGA